CAUCUCCUCUAUGUCUUUCUUCCCUCACCCCCUCUCUCUAUUUGAUAUUCUUUCAUUCUACGCCGAUUUUUGAACCUUUCCUUCUUUUCCAUUCCACUCCGCUCGUACCGCUUCUCACAGCCGCCAGUGCCUGAUUCUUCGCCGCCGCGCCGCCGCCUCCUCCUCAUUCUCCUCCGCUCGCUAAGCCGUCAACCCCCUAAACCUGCUGCUCAUCUGCAACUUGAGACCUUGGUGGUGGCAGCAAUCUAUCAUUAUUCAAGUUUUUCGACUUCGACGACCUCGAGAUUGCUUUUGGUGAUCCGUGUCCUUUUUUCUCCUGUUUCAAGUUGCAGGCCAACCAGCCUCCCGCGCUCCAUCUGAUUACAGGCCCAACCUUUCGACAAGCCACCUCGUUGACAUCGAACUUGUCAAAACAUCUAGAGUCUUACCGAUCCGCCUCCUUACUUUCAAUAAUAUGCCCUAAUACGGCCGAAUCUGAAUGUUCUAUGCUUCUCGAAACCUGCUUUAACGCCAAGUUUGAUUCAAGCCUCACGUUUUCUGGAACAAUACCCCUGCAAUCAUCGACAUAGUUUCAUUAAGAUCUUUCUUCUGUGGUUACUCUAGAGUGCCUUUUUUUGCGUCCCGGUUCUUGCUAAGCUUCUCGCGUUUAUCAUCUGAGUUCACUAGACCACCCCUUCUAAACGAUAGCCAGAUCCUCCGUGACGAUGCGGGAAGUCAACUUUAGUAUCCCGAGCGUCAAUAAGGCGGCUGUUAGCAUCACCACAACUCUAUAUGACCGACGUGCACUCGACUGCACGUCAACGCUUCCGCUUAUAAACUCUUUGAACCAUCUAGCAUAUCUCACGACAUCUUCCGCUCGUAUUCGAGAUAUCCUCACUGUUGAUGGAGGGAUCGAGCGUUUAGUUUGUAUCCUCAAAGAGGGACGCAGCAAAGAUUUGAUGGAAAUGUGGAAGUGGAAUCUUGCCUUUCAGUGUAUCGUGAAUAUCGGUGUACGAGGCUCCGAGAAUGUGCGAACAAGAGUUGUGGAGGCUGAUAUGGUCCCGGUGAUUGCGACUAUUCUCGAUAACUAUAUCCAAGUUGUCGAUAAGAUACGAAGCGCGACCGACGCAGAACCCCAACGGAGUUCUGCUAAAGCCCACAAAGCUCAACCGCGUCCCCGGGAACAAGUCAUCCGCUCGUCCUUGGACCGCUCAGCGGCUUCCAUUUCAGAACAUCGCACGACUCGGCGGCAAGCACCCCCACCAUCAAUAGAAAUACCUCAUCCGUUUUCCCAAGACGCCCGUCAACCCGACGCGGGUGCCAUGGAAAUCACUCCUUCUCCGCAAAUGGUUCUAACGUCUCCUCCGGAGCGAACCAGUUUCUCUCGUGAAACACAUUCACACCGCACGCUUCAACCAGGUGGUCAUCGCCACAGGAUCAUACAGCCUCUUGCAACGGCUGUUCCAUCCAUGGAUACUACCGAUGGCUUCGGUUUACGGCCGGUUCGCGAUGCAGACCGAUUGCCGUCACAGGUGCCCGGUUUACAAAACGGGCUUACCUCCCAACCGGACUCCCCGACCACUCCUCACACCGCUGUUGAAGCACAGUCAAUCCCACAAUUCACCCCAAGAGCAAGACGGCGCCCCUCCGUUCGUCAACAGCGUUCAACAUCUGGCGAAUCUGACGAUGGAAAUACUGAAGAUGUUGUUAUGGGUGAUGACUCUGCUGAGCCAAAUGUUACUGAAUCAAUCGUCGGACUUCAAGCUGGGAUGGAAAUCGAAAGUGUCACGGACCAGGAUGCUAUCAUGAAUGAUGGCACAGACUCUCACGGAAUUGCGCUUCCGAAUCCUUCGGAACAAGCUGAUGCGGAGACAUUUAAUAUCACACACCGAUCCGUCCCUGACGGCAGCCUGAUGAAUCCGGCAGCACAACAAGCGAACGGUGCGAUCACCCUUUCUCCUACCCGUACAGCCGUCGCUACGGCGACACCAGCGGCCAAUCAAAUACCAUAUCCUUAUUACCUUCGUGACCGCACUGUGCCAAACGCCGUUUUAGCGGCGAUGCCUCGGGAUGAGGAUGUGCUUAUGGCACUCCAACUUUUAGCCUAUGUUUCCAAAUACUGUAGCUUGCGGUCGUAUUUCCAGAAUACGCAUCUUGUCCCUAAAUUAAAGAUCGGAAAGGAUAUCCACCUUGUGGACGACCCUAGCGGCUUAUUGGUGCCCCCGACAGAACCCACUGAGGAAACAGAGGAGUAUUUGUUGCCUGACGAUUUCAACAUUUUUCCUCUUGUUGAGAAAUUUACUGUCCGACAUCACACCAAGGAAAUGCAGUACUGGGCCUGCGUGGUGAUGAGAAACCUUUGCAGAAAAGAUGAUUCACGUGGUGGCAUCCGGCAGUGUGCUUAUUAUAAAUGUGGGAAAUGGGAGGAAUUCCAAAGGCAGUUUGCCAAGUGCCGUCGCUGCCGGCGGACAAAGUACUGCAGCAAGGAAUGCCAGAAGAACGCCUGGGUCUACCAUCGGCACUGGUGCCACAGCUCACCCUAAUCCAUAGACAGCAUGGUGUUCGUCCGCCUACUACUGUUCUUAUCAUAUACCCUCUGGCUUAUACAUUCUACUUUGCAUUUGCAAUCUUGACAUUGAACGGUGCGCUGGCAUUGCGGUAAUACCCCAACAAUUAGUCCUUUCUCAAGUUUGAUGUUUUCACUCAAGCCUGAUACCAUGACGAAAAGUCGCAUUUCACGAGUCUCCUUUGUGAUACCAAUACAUGCCACGAUCAGUAUAAUGAUAUUACUGCAAACCCUGCGAUUUUCCCCUAUUACUCAUAUUGAUUAGUAAAUUUACACAUUAUUCCCCUCUGUGUGAUUCCCAGAUUGACUUCUGUUCAAUUUUCUACUUCAUCCUGGGAGGUCUCAAGUCCAAUUCCCUCUUUUUACACCAAAUUCCUACUACCACAAUUUUCAAACGCAUUUGGCUGAUAGCGUUCAAUCACACUCCCCAAUAAUUUUCAUUUGUUUGUUUUUUUUUUCCCUUGUGUGCAGCUGUGCUUUCUGAAAUUUGAUACCUUAGUAUAUUACCACUCACAUACUUGAUACUUUUUUGUGUUCUAGUGAAUUUACCCUGGUUGGUUUAUGUCAAACUCUUGUCUGUUUUGAACAUAAUGCCUGCAUAGUAUUCUCAUAUGGGUAGAUCGUAGGCUUUGGGCUUUGUUAUACGUCAGUUGGGAUAUAUCAAGCAAACUCUUGAGGCUAUCUAUGCGAUCAGAUAUAUAUUUAUAUUUAUUCCAAUCUUACUUAUACUCAUUUGGA